CAUACAAACCUCUCUCUCUGCCCAGUCUCUUCUUCUAAUUAAAGUCUAAACUGCAAAAUUCUCUCGAAUCGACAGACGAAAAAUGGAGGUGAAAAUGGCCGAAGAAGGGUGCUGUGAAAAUGGUGAGUCGAAGGUUAACGAAAGAACCCACUGCAUUUGGAAGACUGUGGACGACGGAGGGGUCGAAAGCAAGAGGUUUUACUUGGCUCGCACGACAGCUUUUGAGAUGCUUCGUGACAGAGGCUACGAAGUUAACGAAGCUGAGCUGUCUCUCUCUCUUUCUGAGUUUCGUUCUGUUUUUGGUGAGAAGCCAGACCUUGAACGCCUCCGUAUCUGCGUGCCUCUUCGCUCAGAUCCAAGGAAAAAGAUCCUUGUUGUGUUCAUGGAAUCUGAACCAAUCACCGUGAAAACAUUUCGUGCCAUUCAUAGUCAGGUUUCCAACAAUGUAGGCGUGCGUGCUAUGAUUCUGAUUUUACAGAGCAAAAUGAACCACUUUGCCCAGAAGGAAUUGACAACCUUCCCUUUUACAGUUGAAACUUUCCCGAUAGGAGAUUUGUUGGUCAACAUCACAAAGCAUAUUCAGCAGCCAAAGAUUGAGGUUUUGACCAAAAAGGAGAAAGAACAAUUGCUGAAGAAGCAUGCACUUGAGGACAAACAUGUCUGUUUCAAUUCUGGACAAAGCUUCAUCUAUUGUGUAUCCUAUCCCUAUUUUAAUGGAUGUUUUUUUCUCCAUUUCAGCUUCCUUAUUUGCAGGAGAGUGACAGCUUCGUCAGGUACUAUGGAUUGAAGAUAAAACAGGUGGUGAGGAUUACAUACAGUAAAGAACCGGUUGGGUCUUUUGUCACCUACAGAUGCAUCGUCUGAAGAAAGGCAAAUUCAUUGCAGCUACCCCAAGUUUAAUUGAGACACUCCUUCUCUUUCCUAAUUCUUCUCCUGAAAUCAGUAGUUAUUUGUCCUUGGUGUUUCAUGUUUGCUUACAAUUGUAAUAAGAGAUCGACUUUGGUUUUGAAUGUGGAAAAACUUAGCAAACUACACGAGUUUUCCAAAAUGUAGUUGUCAUGGAGGUACGUGUAAAAGAACAUCUAAUUACAUGAAUUAAGAGCUUCACAAGAAAGGAGCAAUGAUGAGAAUGUUUCACGAAACGCAGAGAGAUGUUAUCUAGUCUGCUGAAAUUCCUCUAACCGGCAACC